CACAGAGCAGUGACGACUCAGAUUUCCUCACACACAUCUGUCACUGUCUCUUGCAGCAGUAACAACAAACUAAGCUAGCCCACCUUUCAGUAGCACUAAAUAGAGCUUUAAAACUACAACAGAAAGGAAAGACUUGUUUUGACGCAGGCACAAGAUGGAGACUAUGGUGUAUCCAAUGGGUGGAGGGGCGACCAGGCUCUACAGUGCCCUCAACCGUCCCCAGGCCCUACCAGAGCCCCACAACAACACCACCCUGGACUCUGCCUUCUGCAAGGAGCACAGGGGGUCCAUUGUGAGGAGCUCUGAUCCUGAGGAGCUGCUGCGACAGUGUGAAGACGCGCUCCGGGACAGACCACCCAGAUUUCACAGGAAGUUCAUCCACAUUCAUGAAGAUGGGAGAAGCGCCUCCAGUGGCCACUUCAGAGUGAUGCAGUGGAAUAUACUAGCACAAGCUCUUGGUGAAGGAAUGGACAGUUUCGUACAGUGCCCCCUAGAGGCUCUCAGCUGGUCCCAAAGAAAAUACUUGAUCCUGGAGGAGAUUUUGAUCCACAGACCGCACAUCCUCUGCCUACAAGAGGUGGACCACUACUUCGACACCUUCCAGCCGGUACUUGCUGGUCUGGGGUACUGCAGCCACUUCUGCCCCAAGCCCUGGUCUCCCUGUCUGGAUGUGGAGGGCAACAACGGACCCGACGGCUGUGCGCUUUUCUACGAUCAGUCAGAAUUUGAGCUCCUUGAUAGUGUGAAUAUUCGUCUGUCUGCAAUGAGGAUACCCACCAAUCAAGUUGCCGUGGUGACAAUGCUGCGUAGUCGUCAUAAUAACAGGAGUGUGUGCAUUGCUGUGACCCACCUGAAAGCGCGGGCGGGUUGGGAGUGGCUCCGUAGCGCCCAGGGUUCAGACCUCCUCAGACAACUCCAAAACUUGGUACAGCAGAGACACAGCCCCUCGCCAGCGUCCCAGGACGUCCCACUGCUGGUGUGUGGGGACUUCAACGCUGUCCCAUCUGAGGAGGUCUAUCGCCGCUUCACCAGUUCUCUGUUAGGUUUGGACUCCGCUUAUAAAAAACUCAGCCAGGACGGAAGUACAGAGCCUGCAUAUACAACAUGGAAGAUCAGGCCGACUGGGGAGUGUUGUAGCACAUUGGACUAUAUCUGGUACGCCAAAGACUCACUCAGAGUAGAGGCGGUUCUGGACAUGCCUACAGAGGAACAGAUUGGUCCUAACAGGCUACCGUCCUAUAACUAUCCGUCUGACCACCUCUCUUUAGUUUGUGACUUUAGCUUCAAGGAAAGGGAGUAAUGCUACAUAAAUAAGUUGCAUGUAUGUUUUCAGAGCUGGGGAACAAUUUGUGUGAAUGCCCUUAAAGGUGCACCGCUUUUCCGGUGGCGGUGCAACCUGCUUGUUUCCAUGGAAGUGUAUUUGCUGUACUUGGGAUGUUCCACAGUAUAGCAUUAAAGUUCUCUGUCUUCAUUUAAUUACAGGUGGUUAUAAAAUGUGUUUUUACUGUGAGCGUGGUCGCCUCCUUUCAUAUGUUUCCUGUAACUUGUGCUGGUAAUGUCCCCUGCUUGUUACUGUGGAGAUAUACAUUUAAUGCAAUACUGUGAAACAUUUCAGGCAAAGCAAUAAUAUCUCCAUGUAGACAAGCAGGUAACAGACCCCAGUGAGAAGUUAUAUAGUGCCCAUUUCAAUUCAGUGGUUCUCAAAUUGUGGAACAGGAAUUACUGGUGUCACACAAUUUUUUUUUGUGUAGAUCUAUUAAACCUGUUAAAAGUUCAGAUUAUGUUUUAUUUUGAUUGGAACUUACUCUAAUUUGGUUUAGUUCUGGUCUUGUUGCCUUUAACCCUUUUAGGCAGGCAUCACAAACAAGGACAUUAUGUGAAAUGUCUGACAAUGUCUACUCUAUUCAGAUAGUUUUGCACCUGGACCUGAUGGUAUAAAUAACUGAAGUACAAAGACUGUAAUGUGUUGCCAGUUUGCACAAAAGUGUUUUUUGUUUAAUUUUUUUCAUGCACUAUUAUAUUAUUGUAUUGCCAUUGUACCUUAUAAACCUUGACAAUAAAGGAGACUAAUGC